AUUCUCUAUAAAAGAAGACGCUAGUUAAGGGUAAUCCAGAUUUGGAGCUGAAGAAAAGCUGUACCUGAUAUCCAGGAGAAAGAAAGAAAAAAUACCUGAGCCGACUUUGCAGUGAAGAUCUGAAGCUUCAUUGAAGAAUGAAAAAAGUGAUGCUAUUGGCCGUCAGUUUGCUGGCGCUAGCGACAGGGGUCCUCAGUAACUGCCGUGGUAGCUGGCCUUGCUGUGCUUCCAACGAAUUCAACCCGGCGUCUCACGAGUGCUGCAGAGGGGUUAUAAGGCCCAAGAAUUCAUCGUCACCAUGCCCUGUAGACCCCGUGCAACCUUCACAGCAGCCCCAGGGGCAGCAAGGAAAGCCUUGCAUGGGACCACGAUGCCAGAGACCUAGCGGACCCAACAUGCCUGCUGGUCCUUCCGGAAGACCCCAAAGACCAAACCGCCGUCCAUCACAACCACAGGGACCGCCUUGCCAGGGACCACGAUGUCAAAGACCAGGAGCACCUAACAAGCCAGUUGCUCCUUCCGGAGGACCUCAAGGACCAAACCGCCGUCCAUCACAACCACAGGGACUGUCUUGCCAGGGACCACGAUGUCAGAGACCAGGUGUACAACAGUCAGGGCAGCAACGAAGACCUUGUACAGGUAAUAACUGUAGGCAAGGGGCGGGUAGAGAAGACAGUAGUCGUGGACCCAACAGAGGGCCCAGCAGUCCGAGCAACCGUUUUAGAGGUCCCAACACACCUGGCGAGCGUUUUAGAAGGCCCAGCAAACCCAGCGCCCGUUCCAGAGGGCCUAAGUCACCUGAAAGUCGUUCCAGAGGGCAGAACAGAUACAGGUUUGGUGACCGUGAUGAUGAUCGUUAUGGCUCAAAGAAAAGAGGUGAUUACGAUCGCCGAUUCAAUGCAAAUCGGGCUAUGCGCUUUAGAAAUGGUACAAGAUUGAGUUGGAAUGUAACAUCAGGCUGCAAGGGAAGUUACAAUUGCUGUCUUGGCCUCUCCUUUGACCAAGCCACUCAGUUUUGCUGUGCUGGAGUGGUGCACAAUAUGGGAACCAACAAUGCCUGUUGUCGUGGUCAACCUUUCCAAACUGCCACCCAUAAAUGCUGUUCUGGUGCCAUCAGACUCAUCACCGACCCCGCCCCCUGCUUUCAACGAAGGCAACCCCAGAACCAACCAGGAAAUCAAAAAUGGAGUUCUUUUCAAAAUACAAUGAAACCGAGCAGCAGGGCACCUCCCAAACCUCCACUUUGCGCAGGACAAGCCUUUGAUGCUGCCACCCAGUUCUGUUGUGCAGGCAUUGUGAGAGGCACUGCAGAAAACAAUGCCUGUUGUCGAGGAAUUCCAUACAACUCGGCUUCAAGCAACUGCAUCUUUGGAGAAGUUCAACCAAAACAGCAAUAA